AUGUCGAAAGACUGUGAAAUUUUAAACAGAUUUCUUGAGGAGAUUCACGAAGAGAAGUGUGUGUUUAAAGUUUCCAAGGAGGUCGUGAAUGAUUUAAAAGAGGCUGUUGAGGAACUGGUGAGAAAACUUGUGCAUAAAGUUUCCUUCGCAACGGCGUAUCCCUUGUUCAGCGGAUCGAAGAUUCUGUCUCGGGGUAGUUUCUAUGAGGGGACAAAGGUAGAGGAACCCAACGAGUUUGACUUUCUGGUUGAACUUGACGUGUUAUCUCAACCCGGUCGUGUGGAGUUCCGCAGUGAAUGUCCCGACUGUCCCGGCUACACUCAUGUCCUGUUUACUGACCCCGAGCUUAAAAGAAUGAACGCUGAGUUAGAAAGCUCACCCAAAGAUAAUUUUUUACGCCCUUACACAAUAAGCAGUUACUACGGACGCUGUCUGGAGGAAGCGUACAAAAAACUUUUCACGGGCAGUUGGAACUGGGUGCAAAAUGUGAGAAUUGACAAGGGGUGCGGCUUUCUACGUCUACAUGAGCACAUAUCAAGCAACUGGGGCCCCAACACUUUACUGCAGUUAGUAUGGACAACAAAAACACUUCCUGACGACGACAUUUUGAAAUGUAUUACGCUAACUAUGGAUAUAACACCAGCAAUCGUCUACCGUCCGCCAGAGUGCAAUCCAGAAGGCGAAGGAGCAGACAAACACUGCCAUGUGGUACCGGGUAGAAAUGAUUAUUGCAAACAUGGUUCAUCAGUUGACUGUUGUUGCUGGAGAAUUUCUCACUCGUCGAAAGAAACAGAAAAGAUGAAAAGUCUGAGCGACGUGCACGAGAAGAUAUAUAAAAUUUUCAAGGUCGUUUGCAGGAGAAAAUACGGCAGGUUGAGGUCGCUAACAUCGUAUAUGCUUAAGACUGCUGUUCUUCAUCACACGGACAAAUGUGACAGUAAGAACAGUAUUGGGGCGUGUACCAUGAAGAUACUAGAGGAACUCCUGACGUUUGCACAACAGGAACAUCUUCCAGAUUACUUUAUUCCUGAGAAGAACGUUUGGGCAGAAAAUCAUGAAAAUAAGGUUACCACACCAUUUCCCAUUUUACAAAAGCUAAUUUUGGAAUUUAAAAGCAUUGCAGGCUGUGCCGUGGAGGAUUAUGACUGUAAAAGACUGUUUAGCUAUUUUAAAAUGUUGAUGGAAGAGUUUGAUGAAAUUGAAGGUACCCAGUUUGUGCAGUAUGUCACAUAG